UGGGAAUUGGAAGAUUCAGAAAAGCGUCUACAGAGAGCAGGACUUAGUCGCCUGGAGAUACUAGAGAAGUCACAUUUGGAUGAAUGCAUCUGCAAGGGUGAAUGGCUUGCAUGUGCUGAAAAUGUAUUACUUAACAAUGAUUUGUGCAAUAAGAGUUUUUCUAAAGCAGUAACAACUCUCCUGGACGAGGGUAGGGGAAAAUAUCGUAACAUCAUGAUUACUGGGCCAGCAAAUUGUGGGAAAACAUUUCUUUUAAAUCCAUUAAAUAAAAUAUACAAUGUAUUUACCAACCCAGCAACAACAACAUUUGCUUGGGUUGGUGCUGAGCAAUCUGAAAUCAUAUUCCUGAAUGACUUUCGGUGGACCUCGCAAAUAAUACCUUGGCAAGACUUGCUAUUAUUACUAGAAGGUCAACUCGUCCACCUCCCCGCCCCAAAAUCGCAUUUUGCACAAGAUUUAAUUUUAAAUAAGGACACCCCUAUUUUUUGCACUCGCAAAAAUCCAAUAGUUCUUGUCAAGGGUGGCUCUGUGGAUGAAAGGGAAACAGAAAUGAUGGCCGUGUGCUGGAAAAUAUUGCCAUUUCACCACCAGAUUCCUGAAGAUGAACAGAAGUGUGUACCACCUUGUACGCGAUGCUUUGCAUCACUAAUCUUAAAUAAGGAAUAGUUUGAAACAGUCUCAUAUAGGUCUAUAUAAAGGAUUUUGAUAGAAAAAUUUGAUGCCCGUUCUGCAUUUGCCCCCCCCCCCCAAUCCAUGAUCACAGCCUAAACUGUUCUAAGUGCCCAUUUUCAAAGUACGUUCAAGGAACACGUUGCCUUGGAUCGGUCGAGUUGGUCUUUGAAAAGCGUUUGU